AUGCGGUGGUCUUUGCUGUUCACCUUAAUAGUCUCCCUGUUCCUACUGGGGACAUUGGCAGCGCCAACUUCAGGCCCGGGACGACGCGAUAUUGGAGGCGCCAACCUUGAGGCUAGACAGGAAAACGAAACGGAUCCUACAACUGAGAAUGCUACCGAGGCUACAACCGCAACUCAAACAGAUGCGUCAAAAACAGUAACCGAUGCAUCUACAGCUACCGAAGCUACAGCGACAGAUGCUACUGCCUCGACUACCAGCUCGACCGCUGCUACAACCAAUGCCACGACCAAUGCUACGACGACGACUUCUGCUGCUUCUGCUACCUCGACUGUUCCCUCGCUCGACGGAACAACUCCAUCUUCUCAGCAGCAAACCGCAAAUUCCUCUAGACCAACCUACUCUGGCGGUCUGCCAAUCAAACCGACCAUCACGCCGGCAUGGGGUGUUGGGGGAUUUAUAUUAAUAGCACUGGGGGCUGUUCUGACUUUCAUUGGUGUCCGCAAACAAUGGGUCCAAAUCUUCCUCUCGACUGCACUCCUUAGCGCUUUGGGAGUUACCGUCCUCAUUAUCUAUGUAAUGAGCCCACCGGUCAGCAACGCCGUGCAGGGCGGCUAUCUCGUCGCCGCCUUCUUCACCGGCGCUGUGUUCGGUGGCCUAUCGCUCGUCUUCAGAGAAAUCUGCGAGGGAUUGGGCUGUCUUCUGGGCGGUUUCUGUCUGAGCAUGUGGCUCCUUUCCUUGAAAUCCGGCGGUCUUCUUACCGAGGGCGGCCCCAAGGCCGGCAUGAUCAUUGCCUUUACCGUGGGAUUCUACUCCCUAUCAUUCAGCCACUAUACACGGCCAUACGGGCUGAUCGGGUGCACGUCGUUCGCCGGUGCAACUGCCCUGGUUCUUGGGAUUGAUUGCUACAGCAGAGCUGGACUGAAAGAGUUCUGGUUAUAUAUUUGGGGAUUGAACCAAAACGCCUUCCCUCUCAGAACGAAUACCUAUCCCGUCACACGUGGUAUUCGUGUUGAGCUCGCCGCCACUAUUAUUAUUGCUGUUCUCGGGGUAAUCUCCCAGGUCAGACUUUGGAACCUCAUCAAGGAACGCAGAGCCAAGGAAGAAAAUGCCCGCCGGGAACGCACCAGAAAGAUCGAAGAAGAAGAUGCCGAAGUCGGUCGCCGCCUCGAGGAAAAGAACAUCCAAGACCGCGCUGAAUGGGAACUCAUUUACGGAAACGGAAAGCCGGAUGGCAAGACUGUCUCGGUUUCGGAGACUGCUGUCGGUGACUCCCGACGGGGGUCGGAUGGGUUCGAGUCAUCUGAGAACGGCAAGGAGGGUGAUAUCGAGCUGAAGGAGAUGCCCAGCCCGAAUGCUUCUGGUAAUGCCUCUGACAAGGAGAAGAACCGUCAGGGUGAAAACGAUGCUCGUGAACUCGAGGCUGUGCCGGAGGAGGAUUCAUCCCAGCAGGGUCAGUCACGGGAUGCAGAUGAGGAAAAGGGGGCCGAGAAGGAGCGUCAAUCUAAAGAAAAGACCCCGAGACCUACUACACCUGUUAUUACUCAUGUUCUUGGUGAGGGCAAUGAUGACUCCUCUGAGCAUGGUGCUGAAAUCGGCUCGGAGGUUGGUACGCCGCGCUCCAAACGGUUUUCUGGCAGAGAAAUGUUGAACCGGCUCUCUUGGCGGAACAGCAACGGUGUGGUGAUUGUUUCACAGUCUCAGGAGAAUCUGGUGGCUCAUGAUGAUGCCAGUUCUUCUGUACGGGGAGUCGUGGAUGAUCUCCAUGAGGUGAGCGUUGGUUGUCCGAGUGUUAUCUCGGAUGCGGAUGUUCACGACCAUGAGCAAACGCAGAAAGAAAUUAAGGCCGAGCUAGCUCCAGAGCAGGACUCCGCGGAUGCGGAGAUUAUGUCAAAUGUUGGUUCACCAACUGUCCAAGAUGCUGGACUCCGUUUCGAUAUGGCCACAGCCCAAACAGACGCCGAGAAAGUGAUCACCGAAGAUACCACUGUCAGCCAGCCUGUUCAGCAGGUGUCUCCCGUCGAGAGCACUGUUAUUGCCGACAGUUCUUCUGAGAAUUCUGGCGUUUCCGAAGUGUCAGAGAAGCCCCAAUCGCCGGAAACCCCCGCAACAGAUGUUCAAGGAGACAUUCCAGAUGCUUCAGGGAAGACCGAGGAAGUCAAGUCCACAGCUACAUUGGAGCCAUCACCUUUGAACGAUACUGAAGGGGGGAAGGUGGACGAGACCAAUGAAGAUCUACCUCCUACUACUAAAACCGUUAAAGCUGAGUCUAUCCCUGAAUCGAAAGUUGUAUCUUUGCCCGAGCCCAAGGUUGAGCCAGAGAUCAAAGUGCUCAGGAAACUGGAUGCAUCAACCGUCAAAUGCAUCCCUGAGCAAACAUCACGAGUGAUUCACUCGUACCGCACAAACGAAUGGGCCAAGCAUCUCGCAGAUGCUGAAACUCCUGAGAUGGAGCCAAUUGAGUCCGAACCUGAACCGGAGGCAGAAGACUCAGAGGAAGUUUGCGAGACUGCAGCAUUUGUCGAUGUAGGCGGUCUUCUCCAGACGCCUCUUACUGCACAACCACCACCAAUCGUGAACAGACCUGAAUUUGAUGAUAUGGAAAAUCAACAAUCUGCCUACGUCUCACCGUUACCCUCGCCGGAUAUUCCCCAAUCCAAGACGCGGACAGGCCCCCAAGGUCUCACCAAAGCGAAUCCAACUUUAAGCCGGAACAACUCGACAGCUUCAGUCAACAUGCUUCGAUCAUCUUCUGGCCCUCUUCCAACUCGGGAAUCGGGGUUGGCGUCGAUGCGCAGCACAUCGACUCCCCUGCUGACAAUCACUACUCCCAACGAGCCCAAAGAAACAGGGCCAUCACCACGCUGGAACGGACCACCUCCUCUCCUCGCAGUCCGCCAGAACAUGGUCCGAAACCGCAUGUCGUCAACAUCAGACCGCUUCGAUCCCUGGGCCGCACGGAACCUAUCCCGCCAGUCCCUACCUGAAAUGGCCCACCUUGUCUCCCCGAUUUCACCACCGCUCUCCAUCCCCGAAGAAACGGAGAUAGAACACGAACAAGCCCAACCCAACGACGACGACAUUCCACUUUCCAAGCGGCGUGCCCUGCUCCAACGCCAAACUGUGCAGUCCCCAUCUGCAUUAACACUGGACAACCUCGAGGCUGCCCAAUCCCCUGGAUACUUCCAGCCAGCUCCCGCCGAGCUGAACCGGUCUGCAUCAAGAAUGGCAGCGUGGCGACAAUCGGUCCGCGAAGAUAUCACUCAAAAAAGAGAUCCUUUGGCCAUCCAGUCCCAGCCCCUCAGCCCGGUCAGUCCCCCCGACCAGCGGCGCAGUACAUGGAAUUCUGUGCAGCAGAUGCGCGACGCCUCGUCUAUUCAGCUGGGCGAUGCCAUUGCAGACGGCAUGCAGCGUGGCAACAUGACGGAUCUACACCGUCAGGCAAUGCGGCGGCACUUUUUCCUUGGCCGAUCUCCAUCUCCGCUUUCUCCCCAUCUCCUUUCUCCCCUCAAAACGGCGUCCUUAAAAAUCCCCAGACCUCUAAGGGAGGAAGAAACACACUGUUAUCCACAACAAUUCCUAACCGGGCCAUCAACCAAUCGCGCCCCCGUGGAGUCAACUCCGUCAUUUGUUCGCGCCCAGCGGCGACAGUGCGUCCCGAUCUCUGGCCCGCCGUCGCUUCUCCGCCCACCAGCAGUCCGGCUCGCAAACCCAGUCAAUUACGUCCCACGAAUAACCCCAAUAACCGUCCGCCCACACCAAUCCGACGAAAGCCUCCCACUAGGCUUCGGCCACUCACGCGACGCCCAUCCCCUCCUCAGCGUCCCAGAGCGACGUCGCAGUCGCCUAACCCCAUCCCCAAGCAGCCUGCUCGUCGAGCGCAGCCAGGGGGAAACAGAAAGUGGCCGGACUAGCAUUGCCCUACCGCGACGACACCGCCGCAGCGAAGACUUCAACGAAAUGGCCGCCGCGUUCGCGGGCAGCGCAGCGCGCGAUACGGAGAACCUGCGUCCUCCCGAAGCUGUCCACCUCACGCAAAACGGCACUCGUCAGAAUGAUCGCCCCCGCCACGCCCAGUCGCAGACUUCCCUCCGCUCCCAGUCUCAGAUUGCUUCUGUGCCCUCGCAUACCGGUCAGCCGCAGGCAGAUGUUGCGGAGGAGCUUGCUUGGGGUCCGGCUCAUCCUUGCUUCCCGCAUGUUAAUCCCCAUGUGCCUGUCGGGUCGAGGGAGCAUAUGACAACGCGGGUGAUUCGUAUCCGGCGCGACUGGAUGAUUAAGGGUGAUUUGGCGCCGACGUUUUCGAAUCUGUAUCCUGAGAUUCUGGAUCCGUUGUUGUCGGAGCAGGAGUUCCGUCGGGUGAUUUCUACCGUCAAUGAUGGUAUUAUCAAGGCCUUUGAUCCGUUCAGUUUUCGGAAUUGGUUUGAUGGCGCGGUGGGUUUGUUGACUGGUUGGGUAUGGGAUGAUCUCAAUGGUCCCGCGACGAAAAGCCAGCUGCAGCAUGUUGAGGCUUGGCUGGAGAAUUGGAAUCGUGAGGUCGGUGCUAAGGAUGGUGUUCAUAUCUGGAGCUUGAGGCGGACGGCGUACAUGUCCCUUGACAUCCAGAUUCCCGAUCCAAAGGUUGGUAUCGUACCCAGUGAAGCACCUUCGGCUCCUAAUACCAGGCCAAGUACUGGUAUUGGGGCUGGGUCUUGA